GUCAGUAAGAAACACGGAGGAAGUAAAGUCAACAGAAAGUCUGUUACGAUUUAUUCAACAGACAGUAGAAACAGCAACUAACAUCAGAGAACAACAGCAUGUGAUCUAGGACGAGCAGCUCUCUGUCUUUCAUUUUGUAUGUGAAUUUACACAAAGUGAAUAUCAGUGAAGUGAAGUGAAGAUGAACUCCAGUCUCUCAUCGCUGAUCCUGCUGCUGCUGCUCAUUCCAGGCCCUGUAACAUUAGACCGCCUGACUGUGACCUGUAGGCAACAGAGUAUUUGUGCUGUGAAGGGGACAGAAGUGACACUGAGGUGCUCUUACUCCAGUUUCAACAUCAAAUCUGUUUUCUGGUUCAGUGAGAAACAAAGUACAAACUGGAGAAAAUACAAUGAAUCUGAAGAUUUGACUUUAGACUCAGAUUACUCAGGACGGGUGAAAUAUGAGAUCUCAAGCAACUAUUCAACGCUCACAAUAUCAGACGUGAGAGAGAGAGACUCUGGAGAAUAUCAGCUCAUGUUCAUCAUGAAGGAUGGAGUUAAACAUCUCAGCUCAGCGGCCGUCAGUCUAACAGUCACAGUCCUGCAGCUGAGGUUGAAUCCUGCAUCUAUAGACCUGACAGAUGAGAUAGUAAAACUGAUCUGUGAUUCUUCCUGUGAUUUCACCUCUGGAGUUUGGUAUUACUGGAUGAAGAAUGGACAGUAUUUCACACAUACCAAGUCCACCUACAUGUCUGUGUCAGUCAGCAGAGAUGCUGGCAGCUUUUUUUGUUAUCUUUAUCCACAUCGUGAACAUCCCUCCCCUUCUGUGUGCAUUUCUAAGAGUGGCUGCUGGGAUGUGACUUACUCCUCUAGAAGAGUCUGUGCUUUGGUCGGCUCAACAGUAGACAUUUCCUGCACAUACACACAUCCCUCUCGUCAUACUGUUAAUAAAACAUUCUGGCAUUACCCAUCUGGUGACUUCAAGGAUCUGCGUGAGGAGCAUCAGUUUGCUGGUCGUGUGAAGUAUGUGGAGAACAAACUGAGAAUCAAAGAGCUCAAGAUCAGUGACUCUGGAGAAUAUCGAUUCAGGAUCAUCACUAACACGACAACCGGCAAAUACUCUGGAUCACCUGGAGUCAUUCUUACUGUGACAGAUACACAGGUAACAAGAAGCCCAGACGUUACAUCAGAGGGACAGGAAGUGAUAUUAAACUGUUCAACUAAAUGCACUCUGGACGACAAACAUACUUACAUCUGGUACAAGAACGGACGACAGGUAACAGAUGGAUUCACUAAAGACAACAAGCUGUACCUGGACUCAGUCAGUGAUGAAGAGCUUCACCAGUAUUCCUGUGCUGUAGGAGAUCCAGUGGACAGCACAGCGUUCAGACAUUAUACAGUCACUCUGCUGGUGUUUUUACCUCAGUUUCUCAUAAUAGCAGCUCUGUGGAUGUGGUUUUUCAUCAAAAUGCAUAUUUCAAAACCAAACCAAGAACACAAGUGAAGAAUCUGAUGUUCUACAUCUGUACAUCUGCUGUCUGUCAAUCAGAGCUGCUGGAGUGAUGUCAUUGUGAUCUUCCAUUGUGACAUCAUCACCUAGCAACAGAGAGAACUGUCAGCAUCUACAUCACUGAUUGUUAGUCUAAUGCUCAGAUUUAUUCAUAAUAUGAGCCUUUCUUCAGACUUCAAACUGUUUUUUAACAAAGUCCCCUUCCACAAAAAAAAGGAUUGAAAAGAAAAGGAGUGGCUUUUCUGUUCUGUUGAUUUAUUAUCUUAUUUUUUCUUUAUUCGGUAUGAGUGAACACUUUCAUAUGUUAUGCGAUAGCAAUACAUUUAAAUUAUAAUAUGUCUUCUUUAUGUGUGAUUUGAACACAAAUAAUAUUCAGUAGUCCAUAAACUUUCUUUAGGUAAAGUUUAAUAACAAAAUUUUCACGGUUCAUGAUUGCAUUGUUUCCUGCUCGUUUCAUGUUGAUGUUGUUACGCUGAUUGUUGAUGUGGGGGUGUGGGCAACUGCAUGUCAUUCCCACAGACUAUUUAAUGCACUCUCUUUCAUCUCUUGUUUGUCAGAUCGUUUUUUUUUUGUUUUGUUUUGUUUUUUGAGGUCCUCCGUGCUGCAUGACUGUCUCUCCCUGCUGUUCAGCGUUUUAAUCUUUGUGGGUUUGUUCCGGUUCCGUGUUUCGCUGUGGAUUACAACAUCAUCUGGAUCUUUCAUUAUCUUUCACCAGCGCACUCUACUAACCAUCUCACCUGUCCUGUGCUGUCCAUCGAGGUCCCUGUGCUACCUGCCAUCAGCCAAAGUCUUACAUUAUUUUCCUGUCAAUAAAUUGUUACUUGCA